UAACAGGGAUUUUGAUGAUGAAAAAAUCCUUAUACAACAUCAAAAAGCAAAGCACUUUAAAUGCCAUAUAUGUCAUAAGAAACUGUAUACAGGACCUGGUUUAGCUAUACAUUGCAUGCAGGUACAUAAAGAAACAAUAGAUGCUGUUCCAAAUGCUAUUCCUGGAAGAACAGACAUUGAACUGGAAAUCUAUGGCAUGGAGGGCAUUCCGGAAAAAGAUAUGGAGGAAAGGAGGAGGUUACUUGAACAAAAAACUCAGGCAGAGAGCCAGAAAAAGAAGCAACAGGAUGAUUCCGAUGAGUAUGAAGAUGAUGAAUCUGCGGCUUCAACUUCAUUUCAACCCCAGCAAGUUCAGCCACAGCAGGGGUACAUUCCCCCGAUGGCGCAGCCAGGUUUGCCUCCUGUGCCAGGUGCACCAGGGAUGCCUCCAGGUAUACCACCAUUAAUGGCAGGUGUUCCACCUAUGAUGCCUGGAAUGCCUCCAGUUAUGCCUGGAAUGCCACCUGGAUUACAUCAACAGAGAAAAUACAUGCAGUCAUUUUGUGGUGGAAACAUGAUGAUGCCGAUGGGUGGAAUGAUGCCUCCUGGGCCAGGAAUACCACCUCUUAUGCCUGGUAUGCCACCAGGUAUGCCACCACCAGUUGGUCCUCGUCCUGGGAUGCCUCCAAUGACACAAGCACAGCCUGUUACAGCACCGGGCAUUCUUAACAGGCCUCCAGCUCCUGCUGCAUCGGCACCUACCCCCCAGCCCCCAGUUACUAAACCACUCUUCCCAAGUGCAGGGCAGAUGGGGACACCUGUCACAAGCUCAAGUACAGCUUCCUCCAAUUCAGAAAGUCUGUCAGCAUCUUCUAACGCUCUGUUUCCUAGCACAGCACAAGCUGCAGCAGCUGUUCCAGGUCCAGUUGGUACUGAUUUCAAACCUUUGAAUUCUACACCUGCAACAACAACAGAACCCCCAAAACCUACAUUCCCUGCUUACACACAGUCUACAGCCUCAACCACUAGCACGACAAACAGUACUGCAGCUAAACCAGCUACAUCUAUAACAAGUAAGCCUGCUACCCUCACAACAACCAGUGCAACCAGUAAGUUGAUCCAUCCAGAUGAGGAUAUAUCACUGGAAGAGAGAAGGGCACAGUUGCCUAAAUAUCAGCGUAAUCUUCCUCGGCCAGGACAAGCUUCCUUGGGUAAUCCACCAGUUGGACCAAUCGGAGGUAUGAUGCCACCACAGCCAGGAAUUCCUCCACAACAACAAGGAAUGAGACCUCCCAUGCCACCUCAUGGUCAGUAUGGUGCUCAUCACCAGGGCAUGCCAGGAUAUCUUCCUGGAGCGAUGCCUCCAUACGGUCAGGGACCUCCGAUGGUGCCCCCUUACCAAAGUGGACCUCCUCGACCUCCAAUGGGAAUGAGACCUCCUGUAAUGUCGCAAGGUGGCCGCUACUGAUGCUACUACACACGCUCUAAUAGGUUUGGAGAUUAAACCUUUUCUCAUCUUGUGCUGUUAAUAUAGCCGAGCUUCCGUCAAUUAAGGCUUCAUUGUGACUUUAAAAAAAUAAGUAUCUUCCCACAUGCAAGGAGCUAUUGGACAUUCUUAUUUUACAUGGGAAAAAUUAUUUGGAAUAAUAACAGGAACUUUUCCUGAUGUUGCAAUUUAUACUGUAUGGCUUCUUUUUCAUGUUUCAUCUAGGUUUUUAGAAGUGAAGUAUAGUAAAUAUGGUUCGUUAAAUUGUGAAGGCGCUGGAAUUACAUGAACAUACCACCUUAAAGGCAAGUUCUGUAACAUUAUGUUGCUCUUUGUGAAAUGAUGCCUUCACAGCACUUCAAGUGCUGUUGGACUUCAUGUCCCCAACAUAGUUUGGUGAGGGCUGUAACUGUUCCCAACUACUUGUACAUUUAAGUCUGAACUUGUAACGAUAUUUAAUGUAUUUAGAGUUCCUCCUGUUUCAGGGUUUAAGUAAAUUGACCCACUAAGGUCGUGUGACUUUUCUGUACUGUUAUAAACUUCAUUGUAAUAAAAGAAGAGAAAAAUUUAUAUGCCUUUUUAUUCAUGACCAGCUGUGGACAACUGCCUGAAAGGUUUGUACCGAUGCAUGCCAUGGUAGCUAUUGGUGUAAUGAACACAGUUAUUGGUGCUGUUUUGAUUAAAAUCUGAAUUCCUUGUUCUAAAAUUAAGUCACUCCUUAGCUGCACGUCUGAGUAGACAAAGACCUGUACACUUAUUAACUGACUCCUCAAAAAUGAGGCUGCAGGAGGCACAUCUUAACUCUUGGUUGUAACUUCUCUUAAUGCAUAUGUUUCUUUAUUUGUGCUUUCUUGUCCUCAAUAAAUUUUAAAUGAUUUCUAGUCCUGGCACUUACUUGUAGGAUGUAAAAGUGAUUGCUUUAAGAUGCAUCCUAGUGCCAGAUGUGUCCUGUUAGUUCAUUCUUCGACUGAUGCUUUUUAAUGUGCAAAUGCAUAUGAAUUUCAGGAGCCUUUUAGAUGAAGAUUUCUAGAAGCUUAGGUGCAUGUCACAUGGGUGAGUGACUUCCAGUUGAUGUUGUAUUGAAGUUGACCUGCAAAAGAGAAAAAGUAGCUUGACCACCUUCUCAGCGUAUAACAGAGACAGAGGGGGCAAGAGUAAUAUGUUAGAUGCUGUAUUUUUACUUUAAACGUUCAGAAUUUCAGAUAUCAACAGAGCCUAGGAGACGAACCAUCUGUUGUGUGCUGUGAUCAGAUGGUGGCUGAGUUUCUCAAGCCAUUUAAUGGAAGUGUCUAGAGUAAGAGACCUUUUUGUCAGUUCUCCUAAUUACAGUUACCAAAGAGAGGUCUUCCCCAUAUGAAUUAGUCUUCUAUCUGUUUAUAAAAGUAGAGUGAUAAAUUACUGUCAAGGUUGUAAUUCUCUGAAUGUCUAACAUCACUGUGUUAGUGUGCUAUUAUUUCUGAUGAGAAUAAAAAUGUAGAGGGAGACUACUUGGAGGGAAGGGACGUGAGAGCUUCCUUGGUCUCUUCACAACAGGGGAAAAAAGGAGUGGUGAAUUUUUCAUUUGCAGGUCAACUUUAAAUACAUGUUCCAGCCUCAAGCCUUAUCCGUGCAAUUUAAUUUAUGGGGAUAUCUCUUCUUUUAGGGUAUGUUAGAAAGAUUAUCAGCAUUUUUAUGUUAGUUUAUGUUCCAUAGAUGUUUUUGUUGAUGGUGGAGUUUUUUCACUAAAUUAUAAUACUGAGCAUUGUGGCUCUUGAAAGACUUGGGGUUUUUUAGUUGCACUUAAGUACUUCAUGUGGCUUUAUUCUGUACUGUCUCUUAAUAGUCCAGAAAUACCGUACAGCUAAAAUACUACAUUGCCUCUCAGCUUCAAACUUGGGGUCAUGGAAUGGCUCAUAAAAACACUAGAGAAUCCAGUACACUCUAAUUACAGCUCAAUGGCCUUAGUUUAACCAUUAAGAAUUAUCAGGCACUUUUUCUGAAGUGUUUAGCAGUUUUAAGACCAUAACUCCAAGCCUCUGUUGAGAAGCAGUUCUCUCUGAUCACUGGUAUCUGCUGAUCACCUGUCAGAUGUGCAGUAUUUGGGUUGCGAAUGUGCUGAGUGCGCCUUGAUGUCGGAUCUUUUGUUAGCUCUUCAUCUUGCUUUAUAUAUUAGUCUAACAGAUGAAACUCUUUUGCUUAGGCAAUGCUUUUAUACUCUGGUUUUCUUCUGUUUUUCUUUAUCUAAUAAGGAUAAUUACAAAACACUGGAGAGAUUUUUACAGUGUCUUACAUUCAUCCUUUUUGUAAUACUACACAUAGAAUUCAUACAUUAUAAAUUGAUCUUAACUUGUGCUUUUAAAACUAUAGAACUUCUUGCUUUUUCUGAAGAUCAUAUUGCUGCUGUAAGAAUGCUCUGCCCUUCUGCCCCUAGUAAAGUAAAUACCUUCUCCCUUCGGUGUCCUUCUGUAACUCAUUGGUAUGUUGUUUUCAGACCCCUACUUUUCCUGGGAUAAAUACUUUUAAACCUUACUGCAUGUACUGUUAACUCAGCAUAUUCUGCAAGUUGUUUUAAUUAAGAGUUUCCCUCUUUUGAAUAGUCAAUGUCUCAUUGUUCCAAUAAUAGUACCAUUUUGUAGCUAAUACUACGUAGACUUGGACACAUUUUAGGAUUGAACUUUCCUUAGUAGUAAUAUUACGAUAAUCCCUCAACUAAAUACUGCCACGUAUUGUUCAUAUGGUACUCUAAUAAUCUUCAGCGAGCAGGUGAACAAUUUUUCCAUUAUUUUUCAUGUGGAUACUUACUUUCCUGCUCCUGUCAUUUCUGUGCUGUAAGAGCUGUGAUGUGGCUAUCUUUAGUUACUCUCGUGUCUCUUGUGUGUACUCUUCUGUAAACAGGCGGGUAUUUCAGUGCAUAUGUUGUCUGUUGGUCCCUGCCUUCAUUUCUUUGGACACUGCUUCUUAAUGUUCAGAGAGUUGGAUUUAUGGUGCAUUUUCCCAAAAAGAGGAAAACUACUUGGAAUGUAGUAAUUGCUUGUAUAAAGACUAAGGCUUGGUUUACAGUACAAAGUUUAACAACAUCGUUGUGCCAGCAAAAUCCGUAAUACAAUGCAGGCAUGCAGACAGUUUUUUGCUUUAGUUAAUCUCUCCUUCGAAAGAGAUUGCAGAAGCUUUUAUGAUUACAGAGAAACCUAUCUCUUUUAUAUCUGUUGCAGGAUUCUGGUGAUAUAAUUAUACAUGGCAGAAGCUUUGUUUUUCAGUUGUUGCCUAAAUUUGCCAUGGCAGAUCUUAUAGUAAAAUUAAAACUUGCAAGUGGAUUUUGAUUGAUCUUUAAAUUGGAAUGUAAUGCAAAUGUUGAGUACCAAAAAAACAGACUGCAAGAAAAUAUUCUGACACAGGUGGGAAAAUAUGUUUAGCAAAAUACUUAGAAUUUAUGGCACCUAGGACUCAUUUAAAAGGUUCUAAAUUAUUUUAUGCAUGGUCUCUCGGUAUCAUUAUGAGAGGCUGAUCUCAUAUCUGCCGAUUUUUAGAGCAAAAGGGAUGAGACUGGCAUGAAAGAACCUUGGAAAAGCCCGGGCUGUUUUUUCACAAGUCUUGAUAUGACGGUUUUGUACUGCCUUUAGAAUAUCUUUCUGCCUUUGGCAAAGGUUGCUUUAAAUAAAAUCUUUAAAAUUUAGCUGGCUUAUGUGGACUAAAAAUUUCUUCUUCUGGAACUUUUGGAUUUUUUUUUUUUUCUUCCACAGAUGAGAUUUUUAGGUGCUGAUAAUAAAUUUGAGGCUGGGAUGUAUAUCUAAUAAAUUCAGUGGAUAACUAUUCCUCGCUCUGUGCAUGCAUGGGAGAAUGUAAACAAGCUUCUAGAAACACAUGCAGCUGCAUCUGCCUUCUAUGGUUUCUGCAAUUAUUUUAGCGUAUGGAGCUCUUGAAUAGUACUUACAUAGAAAUGUAUAACUUAUUUAAAACUUGGAUAAAAUUGAAUGGAAUAUAUAAUCUGCAGUUAUUUUACAGGAAUCGAAUUCUGCAUACAAGAUAAAAAAUAAAAUAUCAAGAUUACUUCAGUUUUAUAAGCAGCAAGAAGGGCAUUAUGACUCUUCAGUUAAAUUGAGACUCUGAUGUACCAGUCCAUGAGCUGGGGCUGCAAUUUAAAAUGCCCUGCCAUAGGACAGGCUGAGGCAGAGUCUCAGUGUUGCCCUGUUCAGUCUGAGGGCAAGAAUUACUGAUAUUCUGCUAAAUUGGGUGAAUUUGCACCCACUGUUUUUAACAAGAGAAGUGAAUGGGAGAUGUGGCAAAUAAACAGCAGAAUUUCAGCAUUUGCUACUUACUGGUAGAGAAGAAAAAUUCCACAGCACUGCCAGUACAGGUUAGUUUAAUCUGUAAGUACCUGAUGUUCCUAUUUGAAAUAAUUUGUUCAAAUGAUACCACUUAAAUGCGAGGGGAAUUUUGGUCUCUGAAAUGUGAAUGUAUCUGUUAUCUACUACUGUUUUCAGUAGUGAGUGAACGUCUAGAUUUUUUUUGAAGAUCUGUAAUGGUUUUAACUACGCUUGUGGGUAGGUAAUAUCUGCAAGCACUUCUAAGGAAAAUUUAAUACGGAACCUUAAGAAAUAGCCAUUGGUGUUAUUGAAAAGUGUGAAGAUCUAAAGUUGAGGUCACUUCUUCAGUAACAUGCCUAUUAUAAAAGAGGCUGUUUUAUCAGUGAACCAAUUAUAGGAUACUGUAUUUGUUGUGUUGGGGAAUAAGCAUUUCUGUUUGUAAGAAUCCGUAGCAGUAAUGUAAAUCUUUUCCAUUUUUGUUAGCUAUUGCUAAUUACUGUCUCCUACCAACAGAUUUUUACUUUGUUAGGCCUGUAAGCCAGGAGCUUCUUGUUCUCUGAUUUUUUUCGUUUUGUUUUGUUGGCCCAUUUCAGCACUUCAGGGGCUACCUACAAAUGAGGUUUUGCCCAGCUGUUUUAUCUUACUCCAGAGUUACUGCUCUGCCUCUGUUCUUUUUUCCUUCUACCCUAUUCCAUAUUCGUGGAAAUUUUGGCAUUUUAUUUUUAUUUUAUAGAAUAUUUUACACCUCAAAAUAGGAGAGAUUCUUUGUGAUUGGGUAAAAGAUGCAACCUUUUCCAGAAUAGCUACAUACAUUUAUUUUUAUUUAAGCUUUGUGUACCUCAUCUCUACAUAUCAGCAUGGGAGAUGAAGACUUUCUGUGCUGUGGCACAUAGCAUAGUUUCACAGCUGGAUGAGCUGUAAAACUCCUGUGCUUUAAUUCACUUCUCAAGGGCAUGUUAUCACAUGGUGAAUUUGAGGGUCUUUUGACAUUAUUGGUGGAUAUAGAAACUAGGCAUUGGAAAGAUCAUACUAGUGUGGUAGCUGAACAGACACUUGAAUAGUUUUGCCAGCUCAUCUGUAUGGUCUAGAGUAGUUUCAUGAGUGACUUGACGCUUCCAGCAGUAUUGCUUAUUUUAGAAUUUUGAAAUCUUAUGUGACGCUGCAGAAUUCGUCAUACUAACAUAAAAAGUUUCAAGGGGAUUGUAUCUUCCCAGGUUUUAGAAUAGUUGCAGUUGAAGCCUGUCUCCUGGCAUCUUCUCUACAUCAGUUCUCAGUCAUUCACACUAAAUUGCUUUAUCUGCAAAACUAGCUACAUGCCAAUUUUUGAAUAAUGUUGCAUAGGUGUUUCUUCCUAGAAGAAAAAAAAAGGAAAGUUAUAUAAUAAAAUUUAUAACUUACCUUUGCCUGUAUUUCCUAAAUCUUAAUGGCAGAUGUGCAUGAGUAAUAGGGAUACCUUGCUGUGAGGCCAUUAUCCUAUUAACAGCAUGAAUGCAUCUUUCUUUUAACUUCUGUGGUUGACCCUAGUUGAUACUUAAUGCAAUGCUCAUAAUAAGUCGGAAUGAGUAACUGAUUGCUUUUGGCUGCUGAAUUACUUUGUGAAGUCUCAGUUUUGACAGUGGUUGGAUGCUGACCUGCACUACUUGUAACACCAGCUUGGCGAUCAUUGGGGAUAACUAAAGGGUAGUGGUGUUCUCUAGUGUCUUAUCAAUAAAAAGUGUCUUUGUCCAGGGUAGAUCCUAAUAUGAACUCUUGUAGAAAGUCAUAUCUUUUAUGGCAAUUCAUUACAGUACUUUUUGGUAGAAUUAAGUUUAUUUUCUUUUGAGACGGGACCAAAACAGUACUAGGAAUCUGAGCUUUCAUAACCAGGUGAGCAGUCUAAGUUGUAGCUCAACUUCUGAUACACCGUUACAGCAGCUGUACAGUCUAAUGUGGUUCAGAAGUCUUCCUUCCCAGUUCUGGUACGGUAUAUAUGGAACAGUGAAUCAGUUCAUGGUAUUUCCUUCUAGACUUCUGCCUGAUGACUCUGAAUCACCCCUUCAGAGAUUCUGGUCACUGUGCAGCGAACCCAGACUCCAAACUGUUUUUAGCACCUUCUUAAAGGUACCUUAAAGCACGAUUGAAUUAUGUCCCCUCUGAGUAGCAGUGCAGCCACAGAAGUUAGUGUGUCAUGAAGGUUUUUUCCAUAACUUGAUACUGCUUUUGUGUAAGUAGUAUGAAAGGGAUGGGAUCGUUGAUCUUUUUCAAAAGACGGGUGGCAAAGUAUUGAUGUUGAACUUAAUUUGAGAAAGUGACAGACUGGUAAGUAUGUGCAUCACUUUAAUGCAUGCAAAUAGUAGUAACAGUAACUAGCUUAAUUUUAUAGCAUUCAGUUUACAGAGAAGAUUCAAAGAAAAUACGGAGCUAACAUCAUUUGCAUCCACUGAGAACCUUCUAUGAACUGUAUGCUUCAGGAAUGGAUCAUUGCACAUAUACACAUCUGUAAUGUGUGUCUGCUACUUUGUAACAGUCUCUGAUUAAACAGAAGUGAACCAC